AAUGUUUUUAUUAGGUUUGGACAGCGCCGAUUGGGUAUGUGUUUUAAUAUUUUCAUUUUUCAGUUAUCUAUUGAUAACCCGAAAGCUAUAUGAAUAUAUGGAACAUUAUAUGUUUCAGCACCUUAUGAAAGAUUUUGUACGCACAUCAGUAUUCGAAGGGGUGCUAGUGUGUAUUCCGGCACUGUUUGUCGAACUGAUUCAUAAAGAAGUUGAUCAUAUUUUAUUAAUACUGAUACAGCAGCAUUCCAAAUGUGAAGAUGUCGACCUGCGAGCCGCUUUAUCAAGAGGCAUUAGUUAUCUGAAACUGCGGCCGUUUAAGUUCCACAUCUGGCGAGUCAUACCGAUCGACAGUUCGCUGACGAUCUCCUUUAUCAGUCUUGUAUUCACUUACAUUUUAUUAAUUUUACAGGUGCACCAAGUCGUUUAGAGAUGUAGUCUAGGAAAGUCAAUUAUUCUAAAGUGCAUAACAGGUUUUUAUUCUCGAGUGAUUCUCUUUAGGUAGUUCUAAAAUGAGUGGGCUUUGUUUUUAUUCUCGAGUGAUUCUCUUUAGGUAGUUCUAAAAUGAGUGGGCUUUGUUUUUAUUCUCGAGUGAUUCUCUUUAG